AUGUCCACUCAACUCGACGCCGCCGCUAUCGCCCGUGUCUGCCUACACGACCCUACCAACUUCAGCAUCCAGCACUCUCAAACCAUUCACCGCCUAGUGCUUCUGCAGCAGUGGAACGUUCCCGCUGACUCUAAGGUGCUGGAACUAGGAUGCGGGCAGGGGGAUUGCACGACAGUCCUUGCCUCUGCUGUGGGCGAGCAGGGGAGGGUGGUGGCGGUCGAUCCGGCGGCAUUAGAUUAUGGUGCCCCGUAUACACUCGGCCAAGCACAGAGUCAUAUCUCGCAAGGCCCACUGGGUAGCCGGAUUACUUGGGUCCAACGACCCCCCUGGACUGCCUCUCCUCUCUUCCCUCCCCCUCUUCCAGCGAAAAUAAGGCCUUCGACGCAACAGUGCUCGCCCACUGCCUAUGGUAUUUCUCCUCCCCUGAGCUCAUCCUUUCCACCUUCCGUGCCCUCAAGCAGCACAGCAGCACUAGAGUGCCGUAAACCCAACAGCGACUCAAACGUCCGCACGGUGCUGGGGCCAAAGCGGCUUACCGAACUGGCCCUGGCUGCCGGGUGGCAGCUGGAAAGUGAGACCCGCGUGCCGGGUGGGGAGGGGUUGUUGGACGGACAAUGGGAGGUCUCUACUUGCCUUUCUUCCUCUUUCGAACAGGAAGUAGAGGAGCAAGUGAGUGAUGAGAGGGAACGGGCGGUGAUUCUUGCGUUACGGGAUGCGUGUGAGUCGAGCUUGGAGGGUAUACAGGGGGGUCGGAAAGGAGUUAAGGCCAUGGAUGUUUGGGUUGCUUCUUUCAUCUGA